AUGCCUAACGACGCUUCUGCCCCUCUCUACCCCGCUUACCUCCCUGUCCGUCCGGAAGGCUUCACUCCAACUCUGAAAGUUCCACUUCAAGAUAUUCCUGAAGCAGGAUGUCGCGCAGAUCCCUCCCUACCAGAGAUCUAUACUAAAGACAGUCAGCUUAAGAGCAUAACCCCGCGGAUUGGGACGGAAAUACGAGGAGUUCAGCUAAGUCAAUUAAGUACGGAUGGUUUGGAUCAACUAGCACUGUUGGCUGCUCAGAGAGGCGUGCUCGUAUUUAGAGACCAAGAUUUUGCCGACAUUGGGACAGGCCGACAGCGGGAUAUCGCAGCUCACUAUGGACCCCUCCAUCAGCACCCGACGAUGGGAUAUCCACAAGGGACUAGUCCUGAGUUCCAGGUCGUGUACGCAGACGAAAAAGUUGGAAAUCUUCGUACUUUGCUUGGAACACGUACAAGCUAUGACCUUUGGCACAUAGAUCAAACAUUUACGCCCAACACACCUGGUGUAACAUUCUUCUGGGUUCUUGAGACACCUGCGUCUGGCGGCGGGGAUACAGCAUUCACCUCACUGACAGCUGCCUAUCAAGCUCUCUCGCCCACUUUUCGUGAAGGCCUACAUCGGCUAAAACUCCUACACACCAGUGCCAGUGUGGGUGAGGUUGCACGUAUUGGGCAGGAAAGAGCGCUGAAGGAUGCAGUACAAACGGAACAUCCGCUUGUUAUUGGACACCCGGUCACCCAUGAUCCUGUGUUAUUUGUGAACCCAGCUAUUGCCAGACAAGUGGUUGGUUAUAAGCCCGAGGAGUCGGAAAACCUGCUAUCGUUUCUGCACAAUCAUAUUCGGUCAUUGGAUUUCAGCUGCCGGGUUUCAUGGGAAAAGGGAACUGUUGUCGUAUGGGAUCAAGUGUGUCUCGUAUCUUCAUGUUUUAGCUUGAAGACUAUGCUAACUUGUGCAUCAGAGAGCAGUUGCACACUCAGCUGUGCCAGACUUCGAGGAUGGUGA